GUGUGUGUGUGUGUGUGUGUGUGUGUGUGUGUGUGUGUGUGUGUGUUUGAAAGCCUGAGUGAGCGAGAGAAAGAGUCGGGAAGGUGUGGGUCAGAAUCGCUUUGACCUUCAGGUGGGAUUAUAAUGACUUGUUUGUGUGCUGUUCCAUUUAGGUUUCACUUCAGUGUUCUCUUUAACACACUCUCCCCUCUCCUCUCCUGUAUGAUACUGUAAAUAUGAAGGCAUCCUGUUUCCUGCUAAAACUGCUUUACCACUCUGCCUUCUCUGCUCAGUCUGUUUCCUCGCUCUGUACCAACAUGUACGAUGAGAAGAAAAAAAAACAGUGUGUGUGUGUGUGUGUUUCUCCGCUCUUUACAUCUGAUUGUUUUUUUGUUUAGUUUCAUUUUCCUUGUUUGACUCACUUUUACUGAUAUGUGUGAUGAUGUGGUUGUAUUGACUAGUAUUAGGUUGAGAAUCAGGUGUACACAGCAUUAUUUCUGAUGCACACUCUGACCCUACCCCCCUGGGAGGGACUGGAGGUGUGGCAGACAUUACAUUAGUCACUGAGCUUCCCUGAACCAGUUCUGAUGGUAUUGCAAAUGGGGUUACAGAAACCGCUGUCUUCACAGCGCCUUGUACAUGUCCUGACACAAAUAAACUUUUGAAAGAAAAAAAGUAAUAACCAAAAAGAAAGGGGUAGUUUCAUUGCAGCAGUUGCAGAGAGUGUCUCUUUCGUUUGAAGGGAAAUGGGAGAUCAUUGUUGUAAUUACAGAGAUGAGGUGUGCUGUUAUACCGUAGAGGAGUUUCAAGAUUUCUGCUUUCUUUUUCCAUUUUCUUUCCCAGUUUUCCUUUCUGAAGUGUUCUCCUUAUCAUGUCUAUUUUUUAUUUCUGUGCAAUCUUUCAACUUUCAAUGCUGUGGUGGUGUACGGCUGACCUGCUGUGUAAAAAUGCCAACACCAUCUUACAUCUUAAGAGAAUGGGGAGGCUCUUUCUACCUUCUCAACUUGAUCACACUCUCCUGAAGGUCUUUCCUGAUGUUUCCUAUUUGUAUUAUUGAUGUGAAACCAUGAACAUGAAGAUAACAAACAAUGAUCAUGUAACUCCUAACAUAAGAUGACCACAGACCCAUGCACAGUGUUUCUUCGUGUGUGUGUGUGUGUGUGUGUGUGUGUGUGUGUGUGUGUGUCUGUGUGUGUGUGCUUAUUUGUUGUUUUUGUUUUUUAUUAUGUUAUUAUUUUUAUUUUUUGAUCUGUGUUUCCUCACCCUGCCUGAGUAUAAACGCAGAGGAAUAUCCCAGUAGGAUAGGAUUUUUCUGCAAACUGAGUGUAAAUGCUCCAUGCUGCCCACCUGCUUCCGUGUGUCUACAGAGGACAGCACGGACUCAGUGGGUGUGGAAACCACCUUAAACUUCUGUAAAUAACUGUACUAAUGCAUGUACUGGAAGUAGUUAGAUGGUGCUGUUUGACUUGCAAUGCUGAAAUUUUCAACACCAGAGAAAUGUGAAUGGUGUCUCUUUUUUUGUGUGGUAUAUCAUGAAUUCACAAAGUGGAUUUGGUAGCAAGCAGUUUGAGUAUCAGAGAAGAUAUCUACCUGAGACAGAAACUGAGACAACUGCUUGCUUUUAUCAUUCAUAGACAUAGAGUAAUUAUUAACAACCACAUAGCUCCACCCUGGAGAGGACCCUUUACAAUGUCUCUGAUAUUAUAUAGACAUAUAUAUUUAUAUAUAUAUAUAUAAGCUAAGAGGGUGUUUGUUUUUAAGGCAAAUAACACACUACACACCAACACUAUAGGGAACCCAAGGCCAUUUCUUUCUUUUUCUUUUUUUGUGUUUUGUUAGAGAAAUCCACACAGUUAUCUGGAAAUAACAGUUAAGGGGCACAAUCUUAUUUUGCUUCCAAGGCCGUUUUGAUUUUGUCACUGGAUCAGAAAGUACAUUAUCUCAUUUUGUUCUUUGAUAUUGUUUUUCCUCAAACUUUAUUGUAGAAAGUUAAAUUCCUGGUGUUUAAAGUCAAUGGCCGCUCUUGAGGCAUCGACUUAAAAAUAACUAAUGUCUGUUAGACUAUAAUCUGCCCGAAGCUUUUCUAUUCCACCAAAUGUCUCAAAUAAUUGGCUCGCAGGCCAGUAACCUUAUUUGGGGGGGGUACCUAUUUCCUGAGAGUCUUUCUGAAGUGGUGUUCCAACGCUGACCGAUAACACCCGAAGUAAUUUGCGUGCCCCUUAUUAGGGUCUUCCUCUUAAGUGCGUGCACCUCCAUGCCUGCAGCAGCUAGGCUACUUUGAAGCAGGUUAUCUCAAAUCCCCUUGUCCCUCCAGGCUUCACUGGACAUGCAUAGCUUUAUUUCAGUUUACUUUAAACUCAGAAUAUGAAAAUCUAUAGAAAUCAACUGCGUCGUUCAACAUCAGUACAUUUUCUUUUUGACAACCGUGCCAAUUUAGGAGGCUACGUCAGUCUAUUCUAUACUCAGAGUAGUAGUUAUGUAUGGUGCCGACAUCUGAUGCAUCUUAACCAUUCAGGUUUGAAGAACACAUUGCAAAGGGCAGAAUCAAGUUGGCUCAACCAUUGAUUUGUCUGCACUUUGAGAUAUUGUUGCACUUUACCAAAUUUAUAACGGUUAGAUUCUUUGCCAUUUUAGUAACUUACUUAAUAAGUUGUAGUUCCAUUUUAGAGUAGCCUACGUCCCAAAUCGUACAUUCUGAAAUAUUUGAAUCCUACAGAGUACUAAAAGUAAGAAUCUAAGUAAGAGAAUUCAUAUGCGUAAAUAAUUUGUACCAUAAAGUGCGUCACACAAGCAUCUCCUUGUACCGGUGGCUGUCUUUGCUAAAGACCAAGAAAUCGUCCGCAAUUAUAAAGUUCUUUACAUCAAUGUAAAACAUUCUGUCAUAGCUGGAGCAAAGCUUCAAAACUCCUCGGACCUUAACAGCAGUAUCCGGGACGGGUGACAUUACAAAGUAGUCUGACAUGUUUUUGAACGAGUUCAACGUCUGUGUAUUGGUACUGCUGCUCCUCGUCUGCAGUGACAUGGCCAAUCGCGGCGAAGCCGCAGUCUCAAACUGCAUGACCAUGUUGCUAUGGUUAGAUAUGGGCGAUAACAACGCCUCUUCGGUGAUCUGUGGUUGAUGAGUUAGGCAGCCAGUGUUUGGGUUUGUCGUUGUUUGUGGUCUUUAGAAAUUCGAUGCAGUGUGCUGUAAACAAACAUCCACCCCAGCGUAAAUAGUAGCUUUUAGAGGAGCUGAAUUCAAGUAGCGAGUAUUUUAUGGUUCUCCGAAGCCAAUCCGCAUGCUGUAUGCAUCAGCGCCAUGCUCAACUUUCCCGUGCGGCACGUUCUCCCAUUUUGUGUCAUUACGCAGCUCCCUUCUAUUGGUUCAAUCUCUGGGUUCAAUGCUGCGCCCUCCCCUUGGUAGAGUUCCGGUAUCAUGGCGUCGGACAGUGAGUGUGAAAGACAUUGGAUGUAAAAUUACGAAAUCCUGUAACUAAAUGUUCUCAGGAAGAUGUUGGCGAUGUUUCUGCGUUGGCCGGUGUGUCAAAGCACAGUGCGGUCAAUGCUAAGGACUCAGAGAAGCUACAGUCAGCCUUCUGCGUGUGGGUCAGAGCGCCUGCGGACCUUUGAACGCCUCCUGCAGAAACGGACUGCAACUGUGCCGUUGUCGGAGCGGCGUCUAACUGUGCAGUUAGCUGAUGGCAGAACAGUGAAGGCCACGGCAGGGGUCACGACCCCAUUGCUCCUGGCGAAAAAUGCUCGUGUAAAAGGUGCAGUAGUGGCCAAGGUCAAUGGCCAGCUCUGGGCGCUACAGCACCCUCUGGAGGAUGACUGUGAACUGCACCUGCUGGGCUUUGACACAAUGGAGGGGAGGCAGGUGGUGUGGCGGACGGGGGCAUGUGUUUUGGGGAGGGUGAUGGAAGCUCACUUUGCUGCCCAGGUGUGCCGGGAAGGUGUGUCAGACACAGGCCUCUACUGUGACUACCAGCUGGACAACAGCUCCCUGUCUCUAGGUGAGGUGGAGGCGGCCUGUAAGGAGGUGUCGUCUCUGAAGCUGCCCCUCACCACUCUGGAGCUGAGUGUGGAUGAGCUCAAGGAGCUCUUUCAGGACUGCUCUCUCAGGCUACGCCUGGCUGAGGAACAGAUGAUUGGGCCGUCGCUAGCUGUCUACAGGUGUGGUGAGACUGUUGGAGUGUGUAAUGGCCCUGUUCUUCCCCACACAGGCUUCCUCAGAGCCUUUAAGAUGCUGCAGGUGUCUCCAGUGACUCUAGGGGAGGCAGAGGACUCCUGCGGACUGGUGCGGGUGAUGGGCGUGUCGUUUCCAGGGCAACGGGAGAUGGACGAGUGGGAGAAGGAGCAGGAGGAGGCUCGCAAGAGAGACCAUCGCCGCAUCGGCAAGGAUCAGGAACUCUUCUUCUUCAAUGAUGUCAGUCCUGGCAGCUGUUUCUUCCUGCCCAAAGGAGCACACAUCUAUAACACACUCACCGACUUCAUCAAGAGUGAGUAUCGGAGACGGGGCUUCAGUGAGGUGGUGACCCCCACCCUCUUCAGCAAGUCGCUAUGGGAACGCUCGGGCCACUGGGAGCACUACAGUGAGAACAUGUUCACCGUGACCUGUGAGCCGCACACCUACGCCCUCAAGCCCAUGAACUGCCCCGCCCACUGCCUGAUGUUCGAGCAGCGGGUUCGCUCGUGGCGGGAGCUGCCUCUGCGCUGGGCGGACUUCGGCGCACUGCACCGCAACGAACUCUCGGGGGCGCUAGGGGGCCUUACCCGCGUCAGGCGCUUCUGCCAGGACGACGCCCACAUCUUCUGCACCCCCGAACAGUUGGAGAGCGAGAUCACUUCGUGCCUGGAGUUUGUGAGGAGUGUGUAUCGCGUGUUUGGUUUCUCCUUCCACUGUCUGCUCUCCACACGACCCACACCCUGCCUGGGCGAGCCUGCCCUCUGGGACAACGCAGAGAUGCAGUUGGAGUGCAGCCUGCAGGGGUUUGGGGAGCGCUGGGAGCUGAACCCAGGAGACGGUGCCUUCUACGGCCCUAAGAUUGACAUUCUGAUUUGUGAUGCAAUCGGCAGACAGCACCAGUGUGCCACCAUUCAGUUGGAUUUCCAGCUGCCAAUCAGAUUCAACCUUCAGUAUGUGGGUGUGGAUGGGUCGAUGCAUAGGCCAGUAAUGGUCCACCGAGCUGUGUUAGGGUCUCUGGAGAGGAUGAUCGCCAUAUUGGCCGAGAACUUCGGAGGGAAAUGGCCCUUCUGGCUGUCUCCAGCGCAGAUCAUGGUGGUUCCUGUUGGGGGCGAUAGUGAGCAAUACGCUCAGAAGGUGGUUCAUAAGCUCAAGGACUCUGGCUUCAUGGCUGACGUGGAUGACGAUCACGGGACCACUUUAAAUAAGAAGAUCCGCAGUGCUCAGCUGGCCCAGUAUAACUACAUCUUUGUGGUCGGAGAGAAGGAGAGAGGCAGCGGCACAGUGAACAUUCGGACGAGAGCUGGCAAGCAGCUGGGUCAGAGGUCACUGGAGGAGGUGAUGACGUCACUGAAGGAGCUGCAGGAGAGCCGUAGCAACCACGACGAUUUCUGAUCACACGCACGCACCACAAAAGAAUAGAGCGAGUGAAUAAUGGAACCUUAUUGUUAAAAUAACUUUGAUAAUAAAAUAAUUGAAUUUGUA